AUGUUUGAGGGCAGGAAAAACUUCAAUUGGAGCUCAAGCCUUAUUAGACAUUAUAGAAACCACAUAGGAGAAAAACCCUACACAUGCUCCGAGUGUGGGAAAUGCUUCAGUUAUAGCUCAGCCCUUAGCAUACAUCAGAGAAUUCACAUGGGUGACAAACCCUCAGAGUGUGGGAAAUGCUUCAUGGAUCGUUCAGCCCUCAUCACACAUCAAAUAAUCCACACAGGAGAGAGACCCUACAAGUGCUCCGAGUGCGGGAAAAGCUUCAAUAAGAGCUCAAAUCUUAUCACACAUAGGAGAAUUCACACAGGUGAAAAACCAUAUGGAUGCUCUGACUGUGGAAAACACUUCAUUGAUCAUUCAACCCUCAUCUCACAUCAGAUAAUCCACACAGGAGAGAUGCCCUUCACAUGCUCUGAGUGCGCAAAAUGCUUCAGUUAUAGCUCAGCCCUUACCCCACAUCAAAGGAUUCACACAGGUGCCAAACCCUAUGGAUGCUCUGAGUGCAGGAAAAGCUUCAAUCAGAGCUCAAACCUUACCACACAUCAAAGGACCCACACAGAGUCUGAGCAGAGCUUUCUGAGACAGCUGCUGCUGCUGCUCUUGCCAGCCAUUUAA